AUGGACGCAAAGGAUUUGGAACUUCAAAAUAUUCACGGCAACACAGCUAUCUGCUUGGCAGCUUCAGCUGGAAACGUGGAAAUGAUUACAACUAUGGUGCACUGGAACAAGAGACUACCGACCAUCCCUGGUGCUCAAGGAAUGAUGCCACUGUACAUGGCUGCAUUAGUCGGAAACCAUGACUCGGUCAAUUAUCUAUAUGAUGAUUCUGAUAAAAUGACCGGUGACUUUUGGAUGCAUCGAAAUCGGGUUUGGGUCUUAAUAAAAUGCAUCGAGGCUGAUCUUUUUGAUAUUGCACUAAAGAUAGUAGUUGACAGGCAGGAAGUUGCACCAAAUGUGGGUGUACUUCUAGCUUUGGCUCAAAAGCGUCAUGCCUUUGCCAAUAUGAAACCAAAUAUUUUUCAGGGAAUUGUUAAAUCAAUUGAAGUGAAGUUAGGAGAUACAGAAGCGAGAAGGGAAGCCAUGAAGAUGAAGUUAGUAAGACUGAUUUGGAAAAAUAUUAUGAGAAUGCCUAAGAAGUUUGUUGACGAGUUACUCAGAGGCCCCCAUGACACAAUGAUGAAAAAUGGAAAGGCAGUCCUGGUUAUGAAAGACGGAAAGCGGAUGUAUUCUUCCAGAAUACUAUUUGUUGCUGUAGAAAUGGGAAACACUAAUUUCGUGAUCGAGCUCAUUAGUCAAUAUCCUGAACUUAUAUGGGAGCUAAAUGAUAACAACCAAAGCAUAUUUCAUGUUGCUGUCUCUCAUCGUCAGGAGAGAAUCUACAAUUUAUUAUAUGAUAUUGGCUCCAUGAAGGAUAUGAUAACUCCUCUCAAAGACCCUGAAGGAAAUAAUAUGUUGCAUUUGGUUGUGAAGAAGGCAGAGAAAAACCUACUUCAGAAUGUCUCGGGAGUCGCUUUUCAAAUGCAACGAGAAUUAUUGUGGUUCAAGGAAGUAGAGGCUAUGAUACUUCCUUCUUUAAGAGAAAAAAGGAAUGCAGCUGGCCUAACACCUCAUGAAUUAUUCACCGAGAACCAUAAGCAGCUAGUUUCUAAAGGUGAGGAUUGGAUAAAAGGAACAGCUAACCAAUGCAUGGUGGUUGCUGCACUUAUAGCCACCAUGGUAUUUGGGGUAGCCUUUUCAAUUCCUGGUGGGUACCACCAAGACACUGGCCUUCCAAUGUUUAUCCGAAAAGAAAUCUACAUUGCCUUUGUCAUAUCCGAUGCUAUUUCUUUGUUCUCCUCUUCAGCUUCAAUCCUCAUGUUCUUAUCCAUGCUAACAUCUCGUUAUGCUGAGCAAGAUUUCUUAGAAGUAUUACCCAAACAACUAAUGAUAGGUCUAGCAACACUUUUCCUCUCCAUAAUGACCAUGAUGGUUGCUUUUAGUUUCAGCUUCUUCGUGCUUUACCAUAACAAGUUGAUCUGGGUGCCGAUAUUUAUUGCUGUAGUUGCUGCAAUACCGGUUAUUUUAUUUGCUAAACUGCAGUAUCCUCUUUUGAUGGAUAUAUACGGCUCAAUAUAUGGUUCCAGGUAUAUCUUUAAACCAAAGAAACAUAUGCUUCAGAAUCGGAAUCCAAGGUGGUAA